AUGCUCAUCGGUUUAUGUGGAGGUAUUUGCGCUGGCAAACAUGCGAUUGCCGAGUACUUGAUCGAGCAUCAAGGGUUUCGACUACUGGAACUCGCCGCAAAGUGCCAGUCCCAACCAGAGGCCGGAGAUGACUUGCGGCUGCAAAUAUCAGAGAAAGAGGGCCCCAAGUCCCCGGAGUUCACGUUCCAGGAUGCCGAUUCUCUGCUUGAUUUUGCGACGAAACGAUGGCAAGAACGCUGGGUUACUACAGACAUUGCAGAUGCCAGUACCCUGGAUAGGUUCCUGCUGCGCCCGUUUUUCCUUCUUGUGGGUAUUGAUGCACCAGUUAGUCUCCGGUGGAAACGAUUUGCCGACAGAUGUUGGAGGAAACAACUGGACCCACCAGACCUCGAGAAAUUUGUGCUCUGGAAUGACCACAAUCUUUACGAUAAGGACAUUGGACGCGUAUACCUUACUGACAAGGCUCAAGUCCGUCUGUUCAACUCUUCGUCGUCCCUUGAAGAGCUACACGCCGCUUUGCAAACCCUUGACUUGGCAGAUGAACAACGCUUGAGGCCGAAUUGGGACCAGUAUUUUAUGCAGUUAGCCUCUCUUGCUGCUCAGAGAAGCAACUGCAUGAAAAGAAGGGCCCACGUUGCAAUCGCGGAGAUGGAGGAGGAGUCGGUCUCUCAACCUGUUUAUGCCUCCACGCUGAAGAGAAUGCCCUAUUGGAAGCAGGUCGAGAGCGGAUCCGCGAGGGGGCAAUUCUCUAUUGCGAUACUCAAAAUAGCUCAAGUUGGAAUUUCCGAGGUGGUUUAUUCACAAGGAUAUAACAUGGACAACGACAGCGCUACUAUCCUAAAAGAAGCAGGCGUCCGCCUACGGCAAUUCCAUCCGCCUUCAAAUGGACUCAUCUACCUCCAGGCAUCCGACAGGUCAGAGACGGCUGGAAAAUAA